GUUUGGUGAAUGAGAAUAAACGGAUUACCUCAGAAUACAAGAGGCAGAGAACAUCAAGCCUGGAUGAAGUACCUCUUGAGAAAAAGGUGGAAUAUGCAGUCCGUAAGAGUUGUUAUGCUUCUAUAGUUGCAGAAAAUAUGAAACUUGUUUACUUAAGGAGGAGCUUAGUGGAGAAGCUGUCGACGCAGCCUGAUAAUUUCAAAGAAAAGGUUGUGGGAAGUUUCAUUAGAGUGAAAGGAAUGGCUGGAAACCGUUCAGGGACAACUUUUCAGCUUCAGCAAGUUACAGGCAUAAAGAAAACCUCAAAUGCUGACGACAACCAGGGGAUUCUCCUUGAGGUUUCUUGCAUGCCAGUUGAUAUUCCUAUCAGCAUGCUAGAUGACGAUGACAUCUCAGAGGAAGAAUGUGUAGAUCUGCUACAAAGGAUGAAGGAUGGAAUUCUCAGAAAACCCACAGUCGUGGAGCUCGACCUAAAGGCUACAAGUCUGCAUGAAGAUAUAACAAAGAAUUGGAUUCAACGAGAAUUGGUCCGACUGCAGAGUAAAAUUGCAUUUGCGCAUGAGAAGGGAAGGAGAUACAUGUUGGAACGAUUUCUAGAUGAAAGAGAAAUGCUGAAGAAACCAUCUGAACAGCAACGACUACUUCAAAAGCUGCCGAGGGUGAUUGCGGAGGAAAUCGAGCUCCCCGGGAUUUCUUUCUGAACUAAUUGCUCUGUGCAUUUCUAACCUCUUCAUCGCACUGUUGCUACAACUGUAAAUUACAUUUCCCAAAAAUCAUGGCUACAUUCUUUGGAUGAACCAUGCCCUCAAAUGCAUAUUUCCGUACCUUCCAAGCU